CAUAGUUUAUAUUAUCUGUUGGUUAAGUAUUUGGGGGUAUAGUUUUCCUUUAAUUGGGCUGCUGAGGGGUUUUGGCCAUCUAUGUACAAAUGUACUUGAAAUGUCAGGGCCUAUUCUGAAGCCCAGUUCAGACCUGCUCUUCUACCACUUUUCCCAUUUUUUCUAGCAAAGUUUCCCUUUUGUUCUAGGCUUUCCCUAUUUUAUUCGGAUUUCCUCCCAUACGGCGGAUUAGUUGCUGCUAAGAAAGCAGGGCAAGCCUCAUGUAAUGAAAGGUUGCAGCUACCGGCUCAUUCCCUUUUCACGCUGCCGCCCAACUCUGUGACACUCCUUUCUUCCCGCCCGUCACGCUUCCGUUCCAGCAGCCAGGCCCAGGUGGCUGAAACAUUACCACCUUUUCCUGCCGAAUUGAGCGUUCAUUGAAAACUUGUGAGCUACUGCACGCAGCAGAUUGAAGCCGUGUGGCGACUCUAUAGAGAAACGUGCGUUCCGAAUUAGUCGCUCGCACAAGUGUUCCAGUCAGCGCAAUACUGAUUUCUAAUGUAGAAGAUCCGAGCGGCGGUUAUAUGUUUUUGCUCUUAGUUGGUUAGUAUGGUAGUGACCGGCACUUUUCUUCCUGACUCUGCUUCCGAGAUUUCGUCGGCUCCGCCUUUCUGCCUCCCCCGCAGCUACUCCUAAGUUUUGGCGCCUGCGCAAAGCAGCGCAGCUUCCUUCCAACCGCCAGUGUCUGUUUGAACAGGAAGGCGGACAUGUUUGUAGAGAUUCUGUGAGCCAGGGCGAUCGGUGCCGCAACGCUGUACAGUAAAGGAAAUACCAAGAUUUCUUUCAGGCCCUGUACAACGUGAGGCGGGGGAAAGAGCGUGGCAAGAGCUGGUGGCAGUGCAGGCCUAAGGAGACAUGAUGAGGCGGCGGGGAGGCCAGUGAGAAGGAGAAGAAGGAGGGGGCACAGAUCACACUAGGGGGUGCUGCUUGCGGGUGACAGGGCUCUCUGAAUUAAGGCCGGAGCUGUCACGGAGCGCUAUUUCAGCUGUCACCUGCUUUGCGUUCUUCUCGCAGCUCUCGGGGUGUGACUAUCCCCGGGGCGGGGAGGGGUUGGCCCAGGCCUGUGUUUAUGUGUCCGGAGGCCCUAGGAGAGGAUGCCGGGGCCCAUCACACCACACAGCCGGGCCAUGAAGCGGGGGUGAGGGACGCACGGACAUUAAUCUCAGUAAUAGGAGGGAGGAUCGGGGAGAGAUACGCACAUAGAUACAUAUACGGGCGCACCCACAUAUAGUGCCCCCCUGGCACAGCCCAUUCUCACCAUGUCUACAGGGGACAACUUCGAGUCCCGCUGCGGGAGGAUUGAUGGCAUCUUACGAGAUCCCAAGUCUGAGGUUAACACCGACUGUCUGCUGGAUGGAUUGGAUGCUAUGGUGUAUGAUUUAGAUUUUCCUGCCAUGAGAAAAAAUAAGAACAUUGACAACUUCUUAAACCGUUACAAAGACACAAUGAGUAAAGUUCGAGAUUUACGUAUGAAAGCUGAUGAUUAUGAAGUGGUAAAAGUGAUUGGCAGAGGAGCGUUUGGUGAAGUUCAGUUGGUAAGACAUAAAUCAUCAAGGAAGGUCUACGCAAUGAAGCUGUUGAGCAAGCUGGAAAUGAUAAAGCGAUCGGACUCUGCAUUUUUUUGGGAAGAACGGGAUAUCAUGGCUUUUGCCAAUAGCCCAUGGGUUGUGCAGUUAUUCUAUGCUUUUCAAGAUGACCGUUAUCUUUAUAUGGUUAUGGAGUACAUGCCAGGGGGAGAUCUUGUAAAUUUAAUGAGUAAUUAUGAUGUGCCGGAGAAAUGGGCCCGGUUUUAUACCGCCGAAGUUGUUUUAGCCUUAGAUGCCAUUCACUCAAUGGGCUUCAUUCACAGAGACGUGAAGCCUGAUAAUAUGCUGCUGGAUAAGUCUGGACAUCUAAAAUUAGCUGAUUUCGGUACAUGUAUGAAGAUGAACAGGGAAGGAAUGGUACGAUGUGACACUGCUGUUGGGACACCUGAUUACAUUUCCCCAGAAGUGUUGAAAUCCCAAGGAGGUGAUGGUUACUAUGGACGAGAAUGUGAUUGGUGGUCAGUUGGUGUCUUUUUAUAUGAAAUGCUUGUUGGAGAUACGCCCUUUUAUGCUGACUCACUAGUUGGGACAUACAGCAAAAUAAUGAAUCAUAAGAAUUCGCUCACAUUUCCGGAGGAUAGCGAUAUCUCCAAAGAAGCAAAAAACCUGAUAUGUGCAUUCCUUACUGACAGGGAAGUCAGGCUUGGAAGAAACGGGGUGGAAGAAAUUAAACGACAUCCUUUUUUCAAGAAUGAUCAAUGGGCAUGGGAAACUCUUCGAGACACUGUAGCCCCAGUUGUUCCUGAUCUAACUAGUGAUAUUGACACAAGCAAUUUUGAUGACUUAGAGGAAGAUAAAGGUGAUGAAGAAACAUUUCCAAUACCUAAAGCUUUUGUUGGCAACCAACUACCCUUUGUAGGAUUUACUUACUACAGUAAUAGACAGUACUUAGAUGAUCCUUCAGCAAAUCCCAAUGACAACAGAAGCAGCUCCACAGUAGACAAAAACCUGGUUGAAAACCUACAGAAGAAUAUCUAUCAACUUGAGGAACAGCUGCAUAAUGAAAUGCAGUUAAAGGACGAGAUGGAGCAAAAGUGCAGAAUGUCAAAUAUAAAGUUAGACAAAAUAAUGAAGGAACUGGAUGAAGAGGGAAAUCAAAGAAAAAACUUGGAAUCGCUGGUGGCUCAGACUGAGAAGGAAAAAAUUAUGCUGCAACAUCGGAUAAAUGAAUACCAAAGAAAGGCAGAACAGGAGAGUGAAAAACGGAGGAAUGUGGAAAAUGAAGUGUCUACUUUAAAGGACCAGCUAGAAGACUUUAAGAAAAUAAGCCAGACUUCUCAUAUUACAAAUGAAAAGAUAGCACAACUACAAAAACAAUUGGAAGAAGCAAAUGAUUUGCUAAGGACUGAAUCAGAUACUGCAGUAAGACUUCGAAAGAGUCAAACAGAGAUGAGCAAGACUGUGAGCCAGUUAGAAGCCCUUAACAGGGAGCUACAAGAUAGAUGCAGAUUAUUAGAAAGUUCUAAAUCACAGGUGGAGAAAGAUUAUUUCCACUUACAAGCAGCCUUGGAUUCAGAGCGCAGGGACAGAAGUCAAGGAUCUGAAAUGAUUGGUGAUCUGCAAGCUCGAAUGGCAUCCUUACAAGAAGAGUUAAAACAUGUAAAAAAUAACCUUGAAAUGGCUGAAUCAGAAAGAAAACGGGCACAGGAUUUACUUAAUAAUUCUGAAAAGGAAAAAAAUAAUCUAGAAAUUGACUUGAAUUACCAGCUAAAAACAUUGCAGCAGAUGCUUGAGCAGGAGAUUAAUGAGCAUAAGGUAACCAAGGCAAGGUUAAGUGACAGACACCAGUCGUUUGAAGAGGAAAAGUCAGUUGCUAUGUGUGAAAUGGAAAUGAAAGUGAAGGGAGAAAGAGCAGCAAAAGAGAAAGCAGAGAAUCGGCGUGUAGAGAUAGAGAAGCAGUGUUCAAUGCUUGAAUUUGACCUUAAGCAGUCUCGACAAAAAAUGGAGCACUUUACUCAGCAAAGAGAGAGACUGGAAGAGGAGGUAAAGCAACUAACAUUGCAGCUGGAGCAUGAGACAAAGAAAAGGAUUGUGACACAGAAUGAACUGAAUCAGCAUGCAGGUCUAGUGGAUACUUUGAAGGGUUCUGAAAAACAGUUAAAGCAAGAAAUAAAUACAUUAUUGGAAGCUAAAAGGCUGUUGGAGUUUGAACUUGGGCAGCUAACAAAGCAGUACAGAGGUAAUGAGGGCCAAAUGCGGGAGCUCCAGGAUCAACUUGAAGCAGAGCAGUACUUUUCUACACUUUACAAAACUCAGGUCAGGGAGCUGAAAGAAGAAGUUGAAGAGAAGACUAAACACAGUCAUGAGCUUGAGAAGAGGGUGCAUGAACUUUACAAUGAUAAGGAUACUCUGACAGCACAGUUGGAUCUGGCAGAAACUAAAGCUGAAUCAGAACAGCUUGCCAGGACCCUCUUGGAAGAACAGUAUUUUGAAGUCAACCAAGAGAAUAAAAAACUGUCUGCAAGAAGUUGGCAAGAUAAUACAGAGAAGGACCAUACCAUUCGCAAGUUGGAAGAAACAAAUAGCACCUUAACCAAAGAUGUUCAGACUCUAACAAAAGCAAAUGAAGAGCUCAGUGAAAAAGCUAGAAAGCUUGAACAAGAAUAUAAGGAGAAAGAAGAGGAAAUUUAUAACUUAAGGAAUUCAUAUGAAAAGGCUAUUAACACUGAAAAAACACUGAAAACACAGGCUGUGAACAAACUUGCUGAAAUUAUGAAUCGGAAGGACUUCAAACUGGAUAGAAAGAAAGCUAACACACAAGACUUGAGGAAGAAAGAAAAAGAAAACCGAAAGCUUCAACUUGAUCUUAACCAAGAGAAAGAGAAGUAUAACCAGAUGGUUGCAAAGUACCAGAAAGAGCUGGAUGAGACUCUGAUGCAAUUGACUGAAGAAAGUAAUUACAAAAAUGAGCUUCAGAUGCAGUUGGACAGCAAAGAAAGUGAUAUUGAGCAGUUGCGCGCCAGGCUGGCAGACCUACAGCUACGUAUGGACUCAACCAGCGUUGCUAGCCUACAACCAGAUGAUACUGAUGGCAUAAUAGGUGAAUCAAGAAUUGAAGGCUGGCUCUCUAUACCAAACCGAGGAAACAUUAAAAGAUAUGGAUGGAAGAAGCAGUAUGUUGUGGUGAGCAGUAAAAAGAUUCUGUUUUACAAUGAUGAACAGAAUAAGGAACAAUCAAGCCCAUCCAUGGUGCUUGACAUAGAUAAGCUUUUCCAUGUCCGUGCUGUUACACAAGGGGAUGUUUACAGAGCCAAUACAGAAGAGAUACCUAGGAUAUUUCAGAUACUGUAUGCCAAUGAGGGGGAAUGUAGGAAAGAUGUGGAACUGGAGCCAGUUCAACAAACAGAGAAGACAAAUUUCCUCAAUCACAAAGGCCAUGAGUUUAUUCCAACACUUUACCACUUUCCAGCAAAUUGUGAGGCCUGUGCCAAACCCUUGUGGCAUGUUUUUAAGCCCCCUCCAGCACUUGAAUGCCGAAGAUGCCAUGUCAAAUGUCAUAAAGAUCACUUGGAUAAAAAGGAGGAAUUGAUCUCCCCCUGCAAAGUGAGCUAUGAUGUAACUUCUGCAAGAGAUAUGCUUUUGCUGGCAUGCACUCAGGAAGAACAGACAAAAUGGGUGUCCCAUCUAGUAAAGAAAAUCCCCAAAACCCCUCCCCCAACAUUAGUUCGUGGAAAUCAGAGAACAAUGUCUACUAGAUCAUCAACAAACCAGUCCUUUCGAAAGCCUGCAAAAACUUCAUCUGGAAAAGCCAGCUAAUAGUGCUUCCCCAACAUGUGGUGCCUUGGCUGCUUCUUCGUAAGAGUGGUGCAAAGAGACUGAAAUUCACAGAGAUCACAGGCUUCAGGGCUAAAAUGCAGUUCUACUUCCCCUUGCUUUGGCACAAAGAAUGCUGUGAGGGUCUUUUAUUGCGGGUUUGCCUAAAGGUAGAUUUAGAUGAGUUAUUACUAUGUAAUGCAAUUAAAACAAGGCUUAGCUACAUAUAUAUAUAUAUAUUCAUAUAUAUAUUUAUUAUAUUAAAAUCACUAUCAAUCAGAAGUUGGUUUGGAUAAUCUACAGAAGCCUGUCUGUGAUGAUGGAAUGCAGUUUUGCAUAAACACACAAUGGAGAGUAUUUAACAUAACUAAGCUGCAAUGUAUGUCACGGGCCAAGCACACAGAGCAGUACCUCAAGAUGAGAAGAACAGAGAUUUCUUCAUAGUUUCUUGGUGUUUUUUUUUAAAGACUUUACCUUUCUUUUGGAAGAAGCUAAGUGACCCUUGAACUUUGAACUAUAUGUAGUGCCUUUGCUGUUCAGUACAGUCUUCGCUGGUCAGUACAGUCUUAUUGCAGAGCAACAUAGAGGGGGUGAGAUACAAGCUCCUCUCAGGAUCUGCAGUUGGUCAUCAUGGUGAAAGGUCAAGACUUUGUUUUUUUGUUUUUUUUUAACUAUGCAUUUUAUUUUUUGCCAAGCCAUAUUGAUUUGAGUUUUAUACAUAGAGGCAUUAGAAACUAACAGUAAAAGACCAUUUUAUGAGUGUUUUGGGUACAUCAUUUUGUUUAUUUUGUAAUGUAUUGCCUUACAGGUUUUUAAUGAUAAAAAACAUUAAGUUAACAAACGUAAACAAAAAGUAUGCACUGUAUGAAAUUGUAAAUUAUUGUUAGAACACUUUUAUUGGGUAUCCCCUGCCCUUCUUAUUCUGUGCCUUCAUUCAGAUUCGUUCUUUUACUGCCAUGCUUUUAGCAGCAGAAGACAUUGUUUUCUGCAAAUUAUUCUUCCCUCCAGGCAAGUUUUAUUGGUCGAAAUGUAUUGCAUUCCAAUAGAAAAAGGGAUAUACUAGGCUAAAAGAAUUGUACAGAGAAAAAUGUGUUAGGUGGUGUGUCUUGAGAAAAUGCACAGCAAAUAAUCCUCCUGAAUGGAUGUGAAAUAUAUUUAAAUGUCAUUUAUGCCAUGUAUGCGCUUUUUUCCCUCACCAACAAUUGAAAGACAUAUCAUGCGAUUAUGUACAAUCGCUGAUUAAAACUACCUGCUAUUUUUUUUUGUUUCUUAUAUAUAUAUAAUAGAAAUCUGCAAGGCUUACAAGUUAUUCCAGCAGACGUUUGGCAUUUUUAUGAACACUUCAUAAUAUAGUGAAUCAUAAAAUCUUUUGCUAAUAAGCAGAGACCACUGAUUCUGUAUAUUUAUGUGUGUGUGUGUGUGUAUAUUGUUUGUGUCUCAUAUAUAUAUAUAUAUAUAUAUAUAUAUAUAUAUAUAUAUAUAUAUAUAUAUAUAUAUAGACACUACCAUGAAAUAUAAGGAUAUUAGAAAUUGCCAAGGAAUUCAGUGACCAUGGGUUUUAUUAUCCUUCUAUUUUUUGCAAAGGUAGUAAUAUUUAUUUUAAUACACAAGUAUUAAAUAUGAUUUAAGUGAUUGGGUGUUUUAAUCCCAUUUUUGUCUCCUGUUAUGUAUGUGUUUAGUUUUUGUUUUGUUUUUUUGUCAGCUUUGUUUUUGCUAUGCUGCCAGAGCAGUGUCAGCUGACAGUGUUUAAAGGGGAACUAUUGUGACAAUGAAAAUGUAAUUUUAAGCUUCAUCUUAUGCAAAUAAGGUUAAAGAUAUGUACUAUUCCCCUCUCAGGAAUCUGUAAAUGUAGAGACAAGAUUACCAAGGGGGGUAUAAUUAAGAGUAACUUUCCACAAACAGUACAUGAUUUUUAACUUGAUAAAAAUUUAAUUUUUAGAAAGUUUAUAUACCAUAAGCUGAAACUUAUUUUAAAUUUCUAUAAGAAUUCCCUUGAUUAGUUAGAGAAAUGUUAAAAUAAGCCUUUUAAAUGUUUCUACAGAUGGAAAAUUUAUUUUGUAGAUUUUUUUUUAAAUGGGAUUUUAUAUACGUGUGUAUUUUUCUAUACAUGUAUGUAUGUGUGCAUAUAUAUAUAUAUAUAUGUGUGUGUGUAAAUGUAUAUGUGUAUAUAUAUAUAUAUAUAUAUAUAUAUGUGUGUGUGUAUAUACACACACACACAUACAUGCACACACAAAUAUAUACAUGUUUAUACACAUAAUGUGUGUAUACACACACACACUCACAUAUACAUAAAUAGGCCAGCCAUGUUUUCCCUUUUGUUUAUUUUUUAUUUUAUUUUUUACCAAAUACCUCUUGAGUAAUUUAUACUGGCUUUGCAGUUUGUGUAAUAAUUAAAAUUAGACAAAGAGCACUGGAAAACUGGUUUCGUCUGAAGGCAAUAUGCAUGUUUCAAGUGGUAUUGAAAUACGCACUGAUGGAUAUGUAAUAAUAAACAUAUCUGUUAUUAAUAUGCUAAUGACUGUGUUAUCAUUUGAAAUGAAAUAAAGCCUAUUUAUGGAACCACUGUUUCCAAAUAAAGUACACUGUUUGAAUUACUUGUAAA